GUAAUAAAUACCCCUGCUGGCAUUUCGUAAACCCUCUUCUGAUCAAAACUUAGAAAGGGUUUAAGAAAGGAGAAGGGGUUUAGCAGCAUUACACCUCGAGGAACCUCUUCAAGGUUCUAACCAUGGCUUUCAUUAGUAAAGUGGGAAAUCUACUUAAGCAGAAUCUAAGCAGAUAUGCCAAGUCAGAAUUGUCAGCAUCCAGUCCUUCUAUUUUCCAAGCCAUAAGAUGCAUGUCAUCAUCAAAAGUCUUUGUUGGAGGCCUUUCAUAUAACACAGAUGACCAAAACUUGAGAGAAGCAUUCACCGCUUAUGGAGAGGUCAUUGAAGCGAGAGUGAUCAUGGACCGCGAAACAGGUAGAUCCCGAGGCUUUGGCUUUGUUAGUUACACAUCUACCGAGGAGGCUUCUAGUGCCAUUCAGGCUUUGGAUGGGCAGGAUCUUGAUGGCCGAAGGGUAAAAGUGAACUAUGCGACAGAUAGGGCAGGAGGGUUCCACAGUGGUGGAUAUGGAGGUGGAGGCGGUGGCUAUGGUGGUGGUGGCUAUGGUGGUGGAGGUGCAUAUGGUGGUGAUAACAGCUAUGAGAGUGGAGGGGGCAGCAGUUAUGGAGGCGGAGGCAGUGGUUAUGGUGGUGCUGGCAACUAUAGCAGUGGUAGGGAUUAUGGUGCCACAAGUGAUGGUGGAAGUGGCUUUGGUGGUAGAAAUGUUGCUGGGUUUGGAGGCAGCGCCAAUGGUGGAAGCUAUGGUGGUGGUGGUGGUGGUGGUAGUGAUAAUUUUGUUAGUCGUGCUUCCUCUAUGGGUGGAGAUGGUAGCCAUGCAACUGGCUCUUAUGGUGGCAGCUCAGGUAUGGCUUUUGGUUAUGAUCAGUAUGGUAGCAAUCCAGGCAACAAUGCAGGUGCUGCAAAGGGUUCUGUGCAGGACUAUCCAGAAGGGAAUUACAUGGACAACGAUGAGCCCCGUCAUUAUGCUAACAAGAGCGGCUGAUGGAUUGAACAUCCUCAGACCUCCACUAAUGGGAAAUUUC